CUCAGGCGCUCAGAAAAGACCGGCGGCACAUCUGGGAGAGCCUCAGAACCACGGACCCUCGAUAGCACCUUCUCCCCUCCGAACAUGACGGGGACACUACUCAUGUCCUUGGUCAGCUGCCUCAUUGCCAUAAGUCAGGCCAGCCUCAUCAAUCGCUGUGACUUGGCCAGGGUGCUGCACAAGGAGGACUUGGAUGGGUUUGAGGGCUACUCCCUCAAUGACUGGCUGUGUCUGGCUUUGGUGGAAAGCAAAUUCAACAUAUCAAAGGUAAAUGAAAACGCAGACGGCAGCUUUGACUACGGAAUCUUCCAGAUCGACAGCCACUCCUGGUGCAAUGAUUACCAAAGUCACUCAGAGAACAUCUGCCACGAGGACUGUCAAGGUCUGGCCAGGGCCCCAGGGUGGGAGAGACCUACUGAGGCCCAGUCUUCUCUCAACCAUCAGCUGUGCAAAGAAGAUUGUGUCCGGAGCAGGGGGCAUGAAGAACUG